AUGCAAAGCGCACUGGAAGAGCUCCUGCGAUACAGAGCCGCCUUGACCGUGCAGGAGGAACUGGAGCGACUGUGCAAAGCACACCUGCCCAUCUCACCUUUCUCAGACGCCAGAGGUCUCCUACCGGGUGCCAUCUUUGAAGGCCACCAGAGUCUCGCGGCGACGACCCUACAUCCCUCUGAUAGCCGGCACCGUGAGUGGGUUCAGCAGACACGGGAGUGGGUUCAUCCCGUUCUCGACGUUCGCCGGCAGGCGGAUGUCGUGGAAGUGGCACAAUCAGUCGCCACCACCACCACCACCGCCGCGACGCGCCUGCGCCUGGUGGCGAUGCAGUACGUCCAGGGCGACAUACUCGGUGUCGUGAAGCCUGCGGAGUUGGCAGACGUCGCUACCGCAGCCACGUGUGUGCAGUCGCCCCGCUCCGUCUCCGUCAAAAACCUCCGCCUCGCCACUCCAGAGCCCUUCUACCACGACGCACUCCUUCCAGCACUGGAGGCCAUUGAGCCCCACCACGCCUCCAAAAACCUUCUUGACCUGUGGCUGAGCAAGCUGUGCGGCGCGGCCAACAAGAUGAGCACCUCCUUCAACCAGAAGCGCAAAACGGCAUGGCAGCUAACUGACGAAGCGACCUACAUCUUCUACGCCGCACGCAAGCAGCUGGCGGAGCGCAUCGUGACGGUGCGAAUGCACAGCAGCCAAGACGGUGGAGCGCGGCCGUGGGAGCUAAAGGUACACCUGCAAAGCAGGGAUGAGCGUCUGCUGGCGGUGCUGGGGUCCGCUGUCCUGGCGACUGACGGCGAUGGGUCGGCGGAGACGGCCGUUGUGAUCGACCUGAUGGGAAAGACCGUAGACUCUAGCGAGUGGGUGUGUCUGCGGGAGUGGCUGAGGCUCUCGGCGCCGUCGCAUGGUAAAGCUCACUUUUCGCACGAGGGGUCGGAUGUGGAGUGGACUGCACUGAGUGAUGUAGCGCUUCGCCUUCGCAUUCCCGUAAGUGUGGCCGUCGUGCUGCGUUUGCACACCCGCUACGUUGCUCGAUACGCAGCGACGAAGCCUUCAGCGAGUGACAACUUUCUGCACGCUCUGGCGCGCUUGCUGUUGCGCUACCACGGCCUCUGUGGGGGUAGCAUGGGGAAGGAGUCGGGCUGGCAAGCCGCCGUGCCGCCCCCGGUGAUGGACGUGUUCGAGCACCACCACCAGGGAUUGCUCUCUCCCCAGCGUCCAACUGUCAUCGUGGAGUGCUUUGCGAGCCCCUUCAACGCAACGCGGCCCUUCUUCUUUUCUGUCUUCCAUGACACAGAUGCUGCAUUCGGCUCUCUGGGGAACUUCUUCGCCUGCUGUGACGUCGCGGCGUGCAUCGCGGCCGUGGAUGCGGCGGCGACGCCUUCUUGUAGGGCGGCCGGGACCCGAGGGGAGUCCACUGCCCUUGACACCAGUGCUGAUGGCGUUGCCACUGUGUCGUCGGUAUCGCAGCCGCACUGCCUCUUGCGACUGGAGUGCAACCCUCCGUUCGACCACGAGGUCAUUGCGGCAGCCUUUGAGCAUCUGCUGCGAUGGCUGGAAAGCGCUUCGUCGGCUAUGGCCGUAUCGAUCCUCAUCGUCAUUCCGGACUCCACACAAGCGCACGCCGCCAAAGUGCGCUCAAUAAUCGAGAAGUCCCGCUUCUGCCGCUGGGCGCGCUCGCUGCCACCGCGGGACUGUCUCUACGUCCACGGUGCACAUCAUCGUGACCCUCCCGCAGCAAGGGAAUUACCUCGUCGCUUGCAGGGCUGGAAGCGUCCGCGCGACACUGACGGCACCGCCACAGCCCCUUCCCGCCUUGCCGUUGAUGCAGGCAGCUUCAUUUGCUUGUCGUGCCCGACUCGGCUAAUGGUCAUUCAAGAUGACAUAGCCGAACACGCGUGCAACGGUGCCGCGAUUGGGGCAGAGGUGUGUGCUGCUUGGAGCCAACUAUCGCAUGCCGUGUCUAGUGCAGCUCGAUAA